AUGAUAACAUUUGGAGAUUCCGAAUAUGUGGACAAUUAUCUGCGCACUAGUCCAGAAGCCAACCUUUUUUUAUUUGGUAGCAAUGAGGAAGGAAAAUCGGCAUUGAGUUUAGCUGCUUGCGAGAAGUACUCCGCUGUUACGAAGCUUCUGCUUGACCAUGGCGCAAGACCUGACCAUCAAGACAAUGAAGGUAGAACUCCGUUGAUGGAAGCAGCACUCUGGGGGCGAAUCGAGAAUGUCAAAUGUCUUCUAGAAUAUGGCGCGAACAGAAAGCUUCGCGAUAUUCACUGCCACCGGGCUGUCGAUCUUGCAGGACCGUCCCUGCAAAAUGAUGAAGAGCGUUACCACCGUUCCGGUGGAGAGGACCAGGUGUAUAGAGAAAAUACUUUCAUUGCGAAUCAAGCCCGAAGAGUAAUCUUCGAGUUGCUGAAAGAUACAGAAGAAUUGCCAUAUAGAGAGAUAUCUGCACACAACCGAACAUUUGAGUCACACUUUUUCAAACACACGAGUCGAGGAACUAUUGAACUCAUUGCACCGAUCGCAGAGUUUCAUGUUCGAAACCAGUGGAAAACGAUUGCUUCUCUUCAACGCCCGUGGGCCUUCCCCUCUGUAGCAGCCAUGAGCGGCUGGAGCCAUGGAGAGACAAAGGUCACCGUAUCAGGCAAAGAGUGGACAACUGAGGUUUUGAGGAUCUCAUCGAUCGUGGGUCAUCGGCUUCCGGAAGAGAAGGGACUAGACCAAGCAAAAGAAGGUCAAUAUUUUGCAACUCAUGCAGAAAAGCAACUUAUUGCAUACUUCAUCGACAAGCAUGUUCUCAUCGAGACUGAGGAUGAUAAGCUUCUACGGGCAAAACCACCUGUCCUAAUGAAGCAGGCGACAAUUCUUGUGAGCCGUCCGCCGUGUGGUGAUUGUUUACAGUUUAUCGAAACUGUGAACACGGCUCUUGGCUUGAUGAUUUCAGUCCUCGACCGCUCUUAG